CUCAUGUCUGCCAUGCGAUAAGGCACCAUGACCAACGAACAGAAUUUGCAGAAUGAUCCUACUUUCCGGCGUCCUUGCAGUGCAGUCUAUUCUCUCCCAAGAUCGCGGGCUUGGACUGCUCUGACGCCGUGCCCCCCAGCACCGUCGCCGGGGUGUGGGUGUCGCGGAUGGGUUGUGGAACGCCAAACACAUUAUGCCCUUCAGUUCCGCAAAGGACAACGGACACGGAGAGAUGAUGAUAGACAUGUCAGCGCCAUCCGCUGCUUUCGUCGUUUUGACCACGGCGAUCAAGACCUUGCGGGCCCUUGUCCGCGCCGGACAAUCCCCGUACGAGCCCGCCGUCGUCGCCGUCUUGACCGGCGGUGCUACCAAUCAAGAAACCGACGACGAAGCUGUCUCCGAAGCCAUCGCUACCAAGAUCGACUCCCUCCUCGACGAUGCCGGUCGUGCGUUUUCUGCCGCCGGCUGCCCGACCAACGGCGCCGGCCUGCCGCCCCUCGUGGGAGCACAAGGGGUGGGGUGUCUACGUCUUUGUGCCGCCAAGGCCAUCAAGACCUUGCGAGCCCUUGUCCGUGCAGAACAAUCCCCGCACGAGCCCGCCGUCGUCGCCGUCUUGACCGGCGGUGCGACCAUCCAAGAGACCGACGACGAUGUCGUCUCCAACGCCAUCGCCACCAAGCUGGACGCCUUCCUCGACGAUGCGGGUCGUUCGUUUUUUGCCGCCGGCUGCCCGACCAACGGCGCCGGCCUGCCAGCCGUCUCGUGGGAGCACAAGGGGUGGGGUCUCUACGUCUUUGUGCCUCGAGGCAACCACGGUUACGCUGGUUCUGCUACCGGCAAGCGCGGCCUCGUCCACCGCGCCAACGAGCAUCUGAGCCCCGCGUACCGUAAGCGCAAGGACCAGGCCACGUACCGAAGAUGCCACGAGGUCGACGUGGAAAGGAUGACCGUCAAGAGAGUCGCCGCGUUCCCUGCCAAGUCGCUCUCCGACGGCGAGGUCCUCGUCCUCGAAACGGCCGUCCAAGUCAUCGGCCGCUUUUACCGGAGCGCAGCGGUCGAUGCUGCUGCUGCCGCCGCCGGACUCGACCUCUCCGAUGGCCCCUACCUUGGGCUCAAUGACUCCCUGGCAAUGGCGGCUUGGUCGAGUUUGCCGGAGCAUCAAGCGAGGCGGGGACUGUCCUCCCAAAGGACCCACCGAGAACUCAGCGAUCUCGGCCUGGACAGCCUCUCCUCGUGGUUCCACGACCACCCCGAUCAAGCAACCGAAGGCUUCCUGAACGCCCUUCGUGGAUUCGCGCUUCAUGCGCACGAAGAGCGGCUCAAGAAGCUCGACCAAUACAAGAUCGGCCAUCGGGAGGUCCUCACGAAAAGCGGCCCGACGAAAGCGAGCCGCCAAUACACGCUGUGGAAUACGAAAGCAACUCUGUUCAAGGACAAGGUGCUGGAGCAGCUUUCGGAAUCCGCUUGGGAGGACCUGCGGGCCUGCAUCGUACGGGUCGAGAUCGCGCCUGCCGGGGAACACCAUCCUCAGGCGUACGUCCCUCGCAACUUGACCUGCGCCACCGAGGCUGGGAGGGUUGCCUUCUACGUAUCUUCGAUCGACGGCCAGCCCGAGUGGGGUUUGUGGAACCGCUUCGGCGGUCACAAACGCGGGUGCACUUCUGCGAUCGCCUUGUGCCUCGAGCAGGUCGCUCUGGAGCAAAACACCUUUCCCGAUUUCGACGAAGCCCAAGCAAGAAAGAUCGCGGAGGGUGUGGCGAAGAAGAGGCAGGCUGACGCGGGAAGGGCAGCCAAGAAGAGGAAAACAUGAGUUCCCCCUUCCCCCUUCCCUCUUCACAUGGAACAUAGAACACCAAUAUUUAGUGUUAGUCAUGGGUGCCAUGAGGAGUGCAGCGACCUCCGACAUCCUUGCUUCUGAAAGGCUUAGGGCAAUGGAGUCGAAGGGGAUAUCUCUCGGGCUGCCCAAAGAACUAUUGGCAGA